CAGAGGGAUAUCAGUGGUUGAGAGGUGUUUCCAAAAACAUAGUCUUCUAGCUCUCCUACAAAAAGGAAACACAAAGGGAGAAAGACCUGUGCCCGUUGAAUGAUAGCAUCUGGUAGUCUCUGAGAAAAAUUGCUGGCUGCUUCUUGAAGCUCUACGUAUUUUUAUCCAGAUUGACUUGGGCAUCAAUCACCUUGUUCUCCACCAUGAAGUCCCUCUUAUUCUGUUGCCUCUUGGGCACUUUCUUAGCUACAGGCAUGUGUAUUGAGUGUGAAGUUUGUAUGAGUCCCGGCGAUAGAUGUAACGGCUCGAUGAUGGCCUGUAAAGAUGAUGAAGAUACUUGUGUGAUGUUUCAAACUGAACUGCUAUUAGCCCCUCUGUCCUUCACUUUCACUUCAAAAAUGUGCAGCACGUCUGACACCUGCCAUCUUGACUACGUGGAGACAAAUCUACCUUAUGAACUGGCAGUGAGGUCCAAAAGAGCGUGCUGUGUUGGGGAUGCAUGUCAAACUAUGACGCCUGUUGUGCUUGAACGUCACGACAACCGUUACAAUGGACUUCAGUGUCCUGGAUGCAUUGGAUUCGGCUCACAUGAAUGCAAUGAAAAACUGGUUUCCUGCCGGGAUACUGAAAACCAGUGUUUGUCUCUAACUGGGAAGAACAUUUAUAUCCUCGCCAACGAUAUAACUAUGAAAGGAUGCGCUACUGAGAGUUUGUGCACUUUACUUCAGAAGAAGAUCUUCUCAGCUAUAGCGGAAUGGGAUCUAGACGUCAAAUGCACCCCAGUCUUCCCACAGUCUUCCCAGUGAUGUAUAUAACUGCACAUCAAGGCCAUCGCUUCCACCUUACCAGAGCUUAGGAGCCAACAUGGCUGAUUCUGUUUUAGUCAGCUUUCAACAGAAUUCUCAUUCUUCUGGAUGUUUCCCACAAUGAAUGUGAAAAUUAACUGAACCAUGGUUCAAUCAAUAAAGCAGUUACUUUAAAAAGAA